UGUAAAGGGAGGAAUAUCAGGAGAGCAGACCAGGACUCCUGAAGCCCAUCUUGUGGAAAAGGACUCUUACAAAUCAGAAUGAAGAGAAAGGGAUCUAUUAAACGAGAUCUAUAGAAAACCAAGAAAGUGAAGUUCUUUCCCAGUUGCUGGAGCUCAUCCUCAGUAAAACAUAUAAAGUCAUUCUGUUUUCAAACUGCAUCUAGAAUGACUUCUACUAAUCAAGGAAGUGAUCCAUCUGAAAAUACUCUCAAAAAUGAAGAAAAUGAACCACCAAAUGCCUGUGAGGAUGAGAAAGAACAUCCACUUCCUGAUACCAACAUUUCUCAGGUGGAAACCAAUCUAUCCGGCAUGGAGCCAAGCUCGAUAAGUUCCCAGGAGGAUAUGGAUUUCCAGACAGUACAAAACAGCCAAUCUGAAGCAGAGAAGACUCAAAAUGAUCCCCCAGAUGAAGAAUUAAUAGAAGACUCUCUUCCAAUUCGGAUACCCAUUCCUAAAAAGUUGUCUGUUCCUAGGUUAAUAUUAUGUAGAAUUAUCUAUCUGAGUAUACCACAACCACAACCACAACUCCAUGAAAAGAAGACCUUAUCUGAUAAAAUGAUGUUCCAUCUAGGGGAAGUGGAGAUGACAGAAAAUGAUUGCUUCCACACCCCCAUACUUGACAAGAUGAUCCAUCCCUGUUUUCUUAUGUGGCGAGUCCCAUUCUUUACUAUUAAUGAGAUAAGUAGGAUGAUUAUUCACCUGCUGUGCAGCAGAAAUUGCUCUCAGCCAGAAUGUCACCAACAUAAUGCAUCUGUAAAACAAAAAUAUGUAGCCAUUCUUGAUCACCAAAAUAUCAUCAAUCUCCAAAGGAACAUCGUCUUUGGAAGGCCUUUGAGAGUAUACUACUAUCAUCCACUUUUUGAAAGACUGACUCAAAGAAAAACUUCUAAGUUAUAUCAAAACAAGAAUGGAAACCAUCUUUCUGUGAGGCCAAGAUUCUACAUGCCACAGUUCCAAACCCAGAAUACUGUCCAUAGAAAUGUUUUUAAAGAUUCUUGGAGAAAUCGUCAUAAGCUGAGGCUAGUAAUCAUAACAGACAACAAUAACUGGAAAUAUCUGUGUCUCAUUUGUGGUUGUGGUUUUAACAACUUUUAUGAUUUUAAACAUCAUUCUUGCAACUUUUCUGGAAAUUAAGUUAAAGCAGUGUAAAGGUUUAUAAUUUGAAAUUCUAAAACUAUACAAUAUCAAUAACUCAUCUGAAACAACAUCUCAUGAUCAAUAAAUUUAGUAUGACAACAUUACACUGCAAAAUUUAAUACAAAAAUAUGUACUUCAAUAAGAAACAUUUUCAGGAAGAGAUUUAACCAUCAUUUGGAUCAUUGAAAUAUCAAGGUAUUUAUCUGUAUUGUGUCAUCAACUGAACCAAGAUGAUGUUUGCAACUCCCUUAACAUCAAUUUCUGCUGAGUAUUGUUUCUGGACGCAAAUUAAAACAGAUCGUGAUAAAGAAAACAGAGAGCUAGAGAAAGGUACAAUAGGGGUUUCUAGAGAUUCUGCUCAACAAAAAAAUCUGAAGUUUCCUCCAAAUUUCAAUAAAAUCAUACUAAAUGUUACUGU